AUGGUGGAGCAAAACGAAUUAGAAAAUUAUCGGUCGCAGCUUAAAGAAAUUGAUGCAGAGCUUGAAACAUGUACAGAUCUUCAGAGAAGAAAUACUCUGAUGGAUUCACAUUCUGACUUAGUAGAACUUAUUGCACUUUUGACCGAAAAUGAAACAACCUCGGUAACCGAACAGGAUUUCAAUGAAACUCAUACGAGCAGUGAUGUGCAAGAUUCUAGUCAAUUAAUUGGAAUGCACUGUCUUGCACCGUACAAUCGAACUGUUGAUCGUGCGGUGCAUUUCCACGACGCUGUCAUUUUAGAUUUUGUUGAAGAUUCAAGUGAAGAAGAUGACCUAAAGGUCAAAGUAUUAUAUGGUCAUCCUCUGGAAGCAGCAAUGAGACCUUGCGAAUAUUUUCUUAAUGAUCGUUGUAAUUAUGGAAAUGAAUGUCGCUUUUCGCAUGGUGAAGAAGUUUCGUUUUCAGCCCUUCGAGAGUAUCAGCAACCGGAUAUUUCAAUGGUAAGAGAAAACUCACUUGUACUUGUAUUGGGUGAAAAUAAAUUAUGGAGCAGUGCUCGAGUUACUGCAAUGGAUGGUGAGAAAUUGGCAGUUCGGUUAUUGCUUACUGGGAAAGAAAUUGCUGUGGAUCAGAAUAAGAUUUAUCCAAUCCCACAACUAGCUAAUGACGACGAAGAUGAAGCUGCUACGAAUGAUUUAGCAACAAGUUCAUGGAAAGAAUAUAAGCAGGAAAGACGUGGAAAUGUUACUAUCGGCGAUAUCGGUGAUUGGGAGAAGCAUACACGUGGUAUCGGGAUGAAGCUAUUGCUGAAAAUGGGUUAUCGGGCUGGCGAAGGACUUGGCAGAAAAUCUGAUGGUAUCGUACAUGCCAUACAACCAGUGAUCUUCCCCAAAAAUAAAUCAUUGGAUAUAUGUAUGGAAGAGAAGAACAAAAGAGUGGUGGAUGGAAUGAAUUCUCGUCAGCAGGUUAAACAGACAAUCGUAAAAAAGCUGAAAGCUGUUGAACAACCAGUCGAUGUUUUCCAGUUGUUGAAUGAUAAAUUAAAUAAAACUUCAUCUAUGGAAGAACAAAGAGAUGAAGUGAAAGAGAUAGAAAAGUUGCAGAACUGUUCCUCGACAAAUCUCGGCAUUCAAUCGUUAGAUUUGGACAAAAAGUUGAAAGAGCUAAAAGAUAAGGAACGCAAACUACGCGAAGGUGUCACACGUAAUCAACGUGACGCUGCUACAGCGGACAGGUUGAAGAAAAAUUUGUUAAAAUGUCGCGACGAGAUACAACACCUGUUGAAUCGACAGCAACGACUCAGUAAAUUAAUGGAUAAUCGAAGGAAGAAAAAAGACAUAUUUUAA